CACACCUCUCGUCCAUCACAACAACUGUCUGUGUGGCCACUUACAAAAACUACAACUCGUAGGAACGCGCUACUAUGGCGAAGAGGAAAACAAUAGAUGGCGAGCUGGGGGAGGAGAGGGUUACGAGGAGGUCGACUAGGGGUAGGACGGUGAAGGAGGAGGUGGUUGACGAGGAGAUGAUUGUGGAGAAGGUGAAGGCUAAGGAUACGGUAAAGACGAAGGGAAUGGCGGUUAAGAAGAGCCCAAUCAAGGAUGAGGAGAGUGAGAGUAAGGAGGAAGUAAAGAAAACCGAGACUCUACCAGCAAAAACAAAUGGAACCGCUCCCUCAGCACCAGGAGAAAGACAACACUGGCUCCUAAAAGCCGAGCCCGAAUCCCGCCUCGAAAAGGGGCAUGAUGUUAAGUUCUCAAUUGAUGAUUUGGCUGCGAAGAGUGUGCCGGAGCCUUGGGAUGGAAUCCGCUCAUACGCUGCGCGAAACAACCUCCGCGCGAUGAAAAAGGGAGAUCUAGCAUUCUUCUAUCACUCCUCCUGCAAAACCCCAGCCAUCGUCGGGGUCAUGGAGAUUGUACAAGAACACUCCCCCGACUUAACAGCACAAGACCCAAAAGCCGCCUACUACGACCCAAAGGACACGGAUCCGUCGAACCCCCGCUGGAGCGUGGUGCAUGUGGAGUUCCGGGAGAAAUUCAGCAACCCGCUCACCCUACGCGAGUUGAAGGAUAUGCAGGGGAGUUGGAAGGAGAUUAGUGAGAUGCAGUUGUUGAAACAGAGUCGGUUGAGUGUUACGGGUGUUACGGGGGGGGAGUGGGAGUUUUUGAUGUCGGUUAUCAAGAAGCGGGAGAAGGGGGAUGUGAAGGAGGAGAUGUAAUGGAGGUGUAUGUUGUAUAGAUAAUAAGUUUUUAUUACCUCUCACAGUUGUCGAACAAAGAAGAU